GUGCUUUACGUGUGUACACAACGCACUCGACGUAUCCGGUCUCGCGAGGCGCACUGCGACUGCGCCUCUGCAGCCGCUGCUGCAUCCACAUCAUCGGCUCUCUUUAUCCGUGUCCCAAACUGAAUCGCAUAGCAAACCUAUAUAUAUAUAUAUGUGUGUGUGUGUGUGUGUGUGUGUGUGUGUGUGUGUAUAUGUGCAUAUAUAAAUUAUAUAGGAUCGAGCAGUUAGAGCUGAGUAGCGCAGUAUCGUAUGGCGCAGUGAAUCACGAGCCGUUAUCGGCGUGUAGGAAGCGCGAGAGAUCAUGUAGCACAAGCGCGACGAGAGCUAGCGGUGUGCAUAAUCGACACCGCGGAGCAGCGCGAAAAAAGAUGCGUAGUUGUCUAUUCGGCGGCUCCGCAAUCUCUCGCGCAUACAGCAUAAACAUACGUACUACUUACUCGCACCUACUCCUCCAAUCGAGCGCAAUUUCUCGCCGUCGGAGUCGGAGCUGCUGACUGCUCUCUGAGUCCCCUCUCUGCUUACUGCGGAUCGACGAGUGGAAAAAAUAAGCGUAUAUACAGACAUGUGCAGAGGGAGAGAGAUGGAGAGGAAGCAGAAAGGGGCUCUCGCUCUCGGGAAAAUUCGCGAACGCGCGCUAUACUCUCGGCCGUCGGCGGCGAGUUGGUCCCCGCGGCUAGCGGUAUAGAGCAGAGAGUAGAGUGAGUAAUCGAGUGGCGGGGGACUGCCCGAAGAGAGAGCUACGCCGAGAAGUAAGUACCGCAGGCUCCGCGUUCGGCUCCGAAUCCCGAAUCCUCUGGUGCGCGCGCGACAUCCUUGGACGUGUGCGUAUACAUGCGCAGCUGCAUGCUCUCUGUGUAUACGUAUAUAGGUGAAAGUGCGCGCACAACACACAUCAGUACAUCACAGGCAGAAAAGCGGCGACAGCGACACCAGCGGCGACCACGACCGCGCACGCAAUAAGACACAAGAUAUUAUAGCAGUCCGCACAGGCGCACUGCUGACGUCUGUCUGUCCGUGCGUGUCGCUGCCUAGCUCUCUCUCUCUCUCUCUCUCUGUACAGUCUGUACUCUGCUCUCUCUCUACUACCUAUACCUAUAUAUAUUCUCUGCUGUUCUCUGUUUCGUAUGCUGCGCUCUGAGGGACAGAGACAGAGAACACGCACAGUCGCACAGUGUAGUUAUACGCGAGUAGACGUCGUCGGCCGUCGCUGAGGUUCCCCCGGGCCGCAGCAGCAGCAGCGUCCUCCUCCUCGUCGCCCAUCGUCUUCCAGGACCGAGUGCUGUGUGCCCCUGUGUGUUUGCUUAUGUGCACUGCCUUCAUGUGCGCGCGAGUGCUUCCUGGAGAAAAUUCCUAGUCCGCCCGCACAGCGACUCGUGAUCCGAGCCAUCAGUUGCGUAGGCCCCGGAACGGCCUCGCCUCUCUCUGUCUCUGUCUCUCGAGAACCGUCGACUGCGGGGGCGACCCGACGGUUUCUUCAUCUUCUCCAUCCUCUCCAUCCUCUUCUUCUUCCGAUCUGCUUUGUUUACCCCGCGUUUCACACUUCCUCUGGCUGAAGGGCUGUUGCCUGCUGAUGAUGUAUAUACCUGAAGAAGUCUGGGCUUACGCUGCUGGAGGAGCCAUGAGGUGGAGGGACUGAGGAGAGACCGCACUCUGGAGGAGGCGUUCCUUCAACCUCGCGUCAAAACUACCUUUGAGGGCAGAUGUACUCACUCAUAGAAAGGUGAUCUCAGUCACUGCCCCCAGAGCAGGCAAUGAAAUAAACUAAGCUUAAUAGGGGAUGCCUAGCCUACACUCGCUCGUCAUACGACGAGCUGGUCCCAUGGAUAUGGGUACUGCCGCAAGUUCAGUAUCCGCAGUAAAUCCUUCAUCCAAGAACAACAACAGUUCAAGCAAUAAAAAAAUGGAGAAAAAUAACAAAUUGAGUGGUAUAAGACUACCUUUACUGCGCAAGGAGUCCAGUGCAAUCAACCUUUCUCUGACCGAGAGGUCAAUGAAUAAGAGAAGUGGUGAAGCACCACUGCUGAGACCGGAGAGCAGUGCAAGUUUGGAGGCAAGAGGAGGUAGCUGGAUAAACUUAGGCCCUACAGCUUUAAGAAAGUGCGAAACUGCAGUGGGAUUGAGUACUUUGGCUCUUGAAGGCCGACCAGUGAACCGCAGUAGAGUGUGCUCGCGUUGCUCGAGUUUGCUAUCACUCGCGUCUAGUUCGCGAUACAGCUUAGCCGCCGGUAGUUUUGUACCCGCGGCAACCUCACAACAACAGGUUGGUCGUUUACUGUGCAAACUUUGUUUAUCAGACGUUUCCGUGUCGCAGAUGUGCACCAUCGAAAGCUGUGGAUGCUCCUAUUGCAAAGAUUGUAUGCGUGCUUAUGUAGAAUUUGAAAUAGAAGAGGGAGCAUAUGACAUCAGUUGCCCUGAUGCAAAAUGUGAGCAAGAUGGUAUGCUUUCUUUGAAAGAGAUUGGCGCACUUGUUGGUGAAGAACUCCUAGAAAAGCACAAUAAGUUUCGUCUUAACAGAGAUGUAUCAAUGGACAAAGAAAGAGCAUGGUGUCCACGAGCAGGAUGCGAAACAAUAUGUUCGUUGAAUGGAGAUGGAUCCAAUGGGAGCACACCAGGGCCAGUGCAUUGUCCUAACUGUGCAACAGAUUUUUGUUCACUGUGCAGAGAACCUUGGCAUGUUGGUCCCUGUCCUGAGCUUCCACUGGGCAUACCCUUUGACAGUGAUCACAUCAAAUGCUGCCCCAUGUGUUCUGUGCCAAUUGAAAAAGAUGAAGGCUGUGCACAAAUGAUGUGUAAGCGAUGCAAGCAUGUUUUCUGCUGGUAUUGCUUAGCUUCACUAGAUGACGACUUCCUACUGCGGCACUACGACAAGGGACCAUGCAAGAACAAAUUAGGACACUCUCGCGCUUCGGUGAUCUGGCAUCGGACUCAAGUGAUUGGCAUUUUUGCGGGUUUUGGUCUUCUGCUGCUCGUGGCCUCGCCUCUUCUUCUCCUCGCCGCGCCCUGUAUCGUUUGCUGCAAAUGCCGCGUCUGCGGCUCUUCACGACUUGAACAAGACGAAGCUGCCGCGUCCGCAGCAGCUACCGUUGCAGCAGCGUCGAGCGAAGCUGCCGCCGUAGCCGCAGACACGGCCAACACGACGACAAUGAGUAGUCAAGACGACUCGGCUACGUAAAUGGUCGAAAGGAUGAAUUUUUUUAAUGGACUGGUAUAUAAGAUAAUAUAUUUUUUCUGAUGAAACCGAGAUCUCGAGAAGUUGAUAGUGCGAGUGUGCGAGAGAAGGACUACUACGCUGAGAAAAGUAUCGACUGUUCGUAAGGCGGAAACAUGAAACUCGAAUGUGUGAUUAACAAUCCCGAAUAAAACAUGUACAAAAGUAUAAUAUACUUUGUCGGUUUCGUGGAAAAAGUUUUUUUUCACAAAUGAAAAUUGCAUGUUUGCUUGUGCUUCAGCUUCCUUUUUGUGACAGACUUGAAGCAAACAAAUUUAAAAAGAGAGGUUGAUUUUUCGUAAUUAUUAUUCUAGUACACAAUCAAAAAUGUUUCGUAAAAAAAUUAAUGAAUCCAACUAAAUCGACAAAUACUAAAUUGCAGAAAGUAUAAUAUAUUUACCGCUAUUAAGGUCAACUCUUAUCUUUAGUAGGCUAAAAAAUAUUAGAAUUUGUUUCAGUACGAGAAGUUUCACAUUAAGAUUGUCGCAUUUGUUGAACUCUUAAUAUUCUACAUUGUUUUUCACACAACAAAGUUAACGUCCACUACUAGAAGAACAGUCGAAGACUGGUGUAUAUACUCUUCAAUGGCUGUUUUUGGUUUUCGAAUUUGUUGACAGUUUACGGACGUGAAAUAUAUUUGGCUGCACAAAUGAAAAAGAUCUGCUUCCUUAUGUUAGAUAUAGUAAUGAUUUGUUGAACGGGAAAAUUAAAGACGAUCACCGAAUACUCAAAAUAAUCUACUUUUAUAAUAUAAAUAAACUUUGAAUAUUCGGUAUGUAUUUUUUAAAUAUUUUUUUUCUUUAAAAGGACAAGGCGGAUUUUCCUUGUAGAUAUGAGAGUAAAUGUAUUUAUUUAUUUUAAGAAUGCGUAAAGAGUUAUCUAUGUUUUAUAUAUUAUUAUUGUUGACAAAUAUGUAUUACAUUAAAAAGAUUACUAUUUUACAUGAAGACAAAAUAAUCUUUAGGCCAAAAUAAAAAUUUCAUAAUUCGCAACUGUCUACAAAUUCGAUUUAUGUAGAUAAAAUACUUUUCUCCGUGCAAAACGAAACAUGAAAUGUGACACACUAUGUGUCCUAAGAAAAUUGUCGAUUCGAUGCUUUUCUUUUUACAAGAGGUGUUUUUCUCGCUUCAAGAGUCAAGAGAAUCAAGAGAAUCCUCGCUAGUUUUUAAGAAGUACAAACCAAGUGGCAAGAGCGACAAACAAAGAGUCACUCUCACAAAAUGUACUAGGUACUACUUAUUGCCUUCCUUGUUUGUUGAUAAAAUUAGACGCCGUUCGCGCGUUGCAUAACGAGAAUAACUACGAUGUAAAUUGGUUGUUGAGUUACCGUAAUGUUAAAAAGAACGAAACAAAAACAUUCCGCAGAGAUAAGUCCGUCACAUUUUCAAGAUGGUUUUAAAAAAAUGUAAAAGAAACAAGGGUGGCGUUUAUUAUUAACUAUUUCGUUCAUUUGUUUAUUAUUUCUAACGACGCAGUUUCUACUAAGAAGAUCCUCUGACGAUUUUUCAUAAUACAUAUAUGUUUACUGUUUUUGUAAGUGCGUCCAGUGUCAGGAAAAGUAUUUUCAAUUGGGUUACAUUUGUAGAGUUGUUGUUGGUCGGCGACUGUAUACGUUAUAUACAUAACUUAAAAAUACCUUUAGAUACUUGUGCAUAAUGUCGAAAAAAUUUUUGGAAGAAUAGUAUUAACUCUUGAUUUAUUUUAACGCGUGUGAAUGUAUGUAUAUACAUGUAACCAAUGGUUAACAGUGAUUAGUGAUAUUUUAUAUAUUAUAAUUAUUAUUAUUACUAUUAUUAAUAUUAUGAUCAUCAUCAUCAUCAUUAUGACAGUUAAAAGCUAAACUUUAUAAAUAAUAUAAAUUUUACAUAACGUACUUUUAAUUAAUUUUUUUUUUAUUUUAUUAUUCACAAAUUGAGUCCUCAAUUAUUUAUGUUAAAAAUGCAUUUUAUUAAGUCUAUAAAAAUAAUAAGCAAGACACUAAGAUAAAGUUGUCAUCUUGCUAUUGUAACUUUUAAUUGAGUCCGUUUAGCAGAAGGUUUGCUGUCUUUUGUCAAAAAAUGCAUAAGAUGUUUCAUUUUGUACAUACUAAACAACAUAUACGAUAUUUACUUAAAUCUUAAAGUCCUUGACGUAUUUUAUAUAGACGUGGAGAUUUUAAAAAUCAAGCACUUGUACUUUUUUCUUUAAAGAUUUAGUAGAUUAUUUUCAUGUACUCAAUUUAAAAGGUUUUGCCGUGGUACAAUUUAAAAAAGUUCUUGUUCCUUUUAUGAUGAUUCGAAUGUAAUUAAACAAUUCGAAUUCUUGUCUAAUAAGCAAAAUUAAUGAAUUAGAAAGAAAUUAUGGCACACAGUACUAGUCAUUGAUAAUUAAAUUAUAACAGAAAGUACCGUUAUAAAUAAGUUGAAUAAUAGGGAACAGACAUGGUUUUGCUAUAUACAUAUAAAUACUUAUAUACAGUAGAAAAUAGCAUAAGAAUACGUUAUGUAUUAAUUUUUUGCUGAUUUAGUACCUCUGGGCCCUAAUAUGAUAAAUUAAAAAUUCAUAUGUUUGAUUAUUUUUUAAAACGGCAGCUCUCCAAUAUGGCGGCUCAAAGGAUACAGGCCUAACCUAACGUACGGGCAUUUGAGUACAUAAAUUCAGUCAUCAUGAAUCUAUUUUGAUUUUGAAGCAUUAUCUAUCAUCUCUAUUAUGAUUUUGGAGAAAAGAAUAAGAUUAUUUUAUGUAUUUAAAUUUACAUGCGUUUAUACAUGUAUAUAUAUUUCCAUCCUUCGCGCCGCCAUAUUGGUCACGUGGCUCUCAAUCGUUUAAACGUAUCAUUAGCAAACCGAAUUUUCAAAACAAUAUUACUUAACAAAUAUUGCAAUCAAAA